UUUAGUCCAUCUCAAAAGGCCGAUCACAGGCCCUACAGCAUUUAGUUUGCUGGAAACGCUUUUAUAAUAUGGUUCAACUAAGGACUCUUUUUUGGGUAGUGACUUUUGUUGGGAUAUUAUACGAUGAAACCCAAGGAAAAGUUCAGAUAUAUAAUCGAAAUGGGGGGUGGAGGAGAACCUAGAAAUAUAUCAGUAAAUAUUCACGGUGCAAACGCUGGAAAUAUUUGUAUUGAUUGCCAGAAUCAAAUACAAGUAGAUGCAGGUUUGGAUGGUGACGAUGAUGUCGGCAUUUCGGAUUUACAACAAUACCUUGGCGAAUCGAAAUCUCAAUUUCCGCCAUUCUUUUAUUUACCAUCACAAGAGAAGCAGAACCCAAUCGUGCUCUCAUCACCAUCUGACUCUAUCUCUGCGGCACCGAUAAAUUCAGCUAGUGUCCUACCUAUAACAUUCUUAUCUGAUCCCCAGAUGGACUCUCCCUUGUUUCCAGAUCUUGAAAAUGUGGAUGAUGAAUCUUUAUCAGACGUAUCUCCGGGGGAAUUCACCCGCUACUUUUCGAUUUUCCGGAGGCCCUUGAAUCCGACGACAUAGAUACUCCUGAGAGUUCUGUUUAAUCAAUCAAUAGACCCAUAAAAAUCAUUUUUUCCAGUAGCUUGAGCGGUCUAUAGUUAUUUCUUAAAAAACUUUACUAUGAAUUUUAAUAAAAGUCCCUUUAUUUCCUUGUAUCUAUCAUA